CACCUACAAACAGCUUCCAAGCAAAAACAUUAUUUUUCUUCAAUUUUUGCCAUCUAGAUAUACUAAUUGAUAUAGACUACUACACUAAUUGUGGAGAAAAUAAAAUGUUUUAUUGAAUUCAAAAUGUAAGUAAAGGAACAUUUUUAGAGUAACUAUGAGUCUUGCUCUGAGACCAAGAUUGUGGACCAGGCGUUUUUUUUUCUGCCAUCGCAACUACAAUGUGGCUGUAGAAGGAGAAUUAAACAACGAUAAGUUGAUGGAAGAACAGCUUGUAAAUGAUUUAUUUGGAGGUACAGGAGGUUCAAAGAAAAUUCCUGAUAAACUCGAGAACACUUCGACACUUUUGUUUCCUGGGCAAGGAAGUCAGUAUGUUGGAAUGGUGAAAAAUCUUUUCAAAUAUCAAAAUGUCAAAGAUAUGUUUGAUGUUGCUUCGGAAAUUUUGGGAUUCAAAUUAUUAGACCUGUGCAUCCAUGGUCCUAAAAAUCAGUUGGAUAAAACCAUCUACUGCCAACCUGCUGUUGUUGUUACCUCACUUGCGGGUGUUGAAAAGCUUCAAGCUGAAACACCAGAAGUUUUAGAAAAUUGCAUGGCAGUGGCAGGAUAUAGUGUUGGAGAAUAUGCCGCCCUCGUGUUUUCCGGAGCUCUGACUUUCGAAGAUGCCAUCAGCUUAGUGAAAAUCAGAGCACUUGAGAUGCAAAAGGCAUCUGAUGACACUGGUGGGGGAAUGAUUUCUUUGGUUGGUGGUGCAAAAACUAAGUUCAACUUGGCAUGUACUGAUGCAGUGGAGUAUUGUCAUGAAAAGCUAGGCAUGGAAAGAGUUCUUUGCAGGGUUUCUGGUUAUUUGGCACCAAAUAUAAGAACUGUAGCUGGUCACCUUGCUGCGCUUGAAUAUCUAUCAUCACAAAAGCAAAAUUAUCACAUCAGGAGGGUUCAGAUUCUUCCAGUGUCUGGAGCAUUUCAUACUGCUUUAAUGCGACCUGCAGUUAAGAAAAUGAAGCAUGCACUGAAAGCUAUUGAAGUAAAAGAACCCAUGGUGACGGUUUAUGGCAAUAUAGAUGGCAAACCAUAUAAGGACUCGGCUGACAUUGUCGAAAAACUUCCAGAGCAAAUUAUAAGACCAGUUUUGUGGGAGCAGACAGUUCAUGCCAUGUAUGCACAGUAUAAAAAUAAAGCACAUCACACUUAUGAAUUGGGUCCGAACCACAAGCUUGGGGUAUUAUUGAAACACUGCAAUGGUAAAGCAUGGAAGAAUUAUUUACCUGUUGACAAUAGAGAUAACAGGACUGCUGAUAAUGAAAAUGGUUGAUUUUAUGUCAUGAUGUUAGUGAAUUCAGCAUCUGGAUGAAUCUGAUGUUAUUCAUUGAAGCAUGGCAUAUCUGAAAUAGCCUGAUGUUUGACUAAUUCAUAUAUCGGUGGAAGUAGCGAACUGGGACUACAUCGAAAUGAUCGAAGUAUCUUAUUUUCACCAGAAAAAUGGGCAUUGUGCAGCAUGUCUCUGCUUACUGCCUACUGUAAUGAAUGAAUAAAUAUAUACUGGUAUUCUUCCUACUUGUCAUCAUUUUUUACAGAAUUCUGUCAUUUCCUAUCAAAGCUAUAAAUCUUUAAGUUUGAUUCAGACAAACUAUUGUGAGUUCAGAUUCGCAUUAUCUUGACGACUUCCUCAAAAGAUAGUAUGUUUAUCCUCAAGGAGAAAAAACGGAUAAGAGAACUGAAUCUUCAUUUUCAAUAAUACCAUUACUUCGGCAAGAGGUGCAUUGGCGAUAAUUUAUAGCUAAUUUUAUGACAACUAUUAACAGUGUGCAACUUUUUAUUUUGUACUUAAGAUGAACCGAUACCCGCGAAAAAAUACCGAUACCGAUACGCCGAUAUUUUAAAGAGCCGAUGUUUCCGA